AUGGACGCGCUUGACGGGCCAGCGCCGAAGAGACGCAAGAUUGCACCGAAUCUCGACCAGCCUUCUAUUUGCCCCGCUGCCCCGUUCUCUGAGUACAUUGUAGUCGCUCAAACGCACCUGAAAGCCUCAAAGGCCGACCCCGACCUUUUCACCGAGACUUCCGACGAAGCUUCUCUGGAAGUUACUGUACAGGAGGUGACGAAGUCGAAGAGAUGCUAUGGCAUUCGAUUCUCCAUCGGGCGAGGCAGAAGCAGCAAGCACAUCUUGACGGACAGUCUGUCAGCCAGUGAUCUGCAGAUCCUGGAAGAUGCUCAAAAGUUGGACUCAGUGGUGAGAUACAAACGUCCUGCGGCGCUUCCCCUCGCCUGUGCGUAUGCUGUGGUACAGCGUGCGGGCCACGGAGUCAGCCUCCAGCUGAGCAUUCUAUGGGAAGAUACCGCCCUGUGUCGAGACAAGGUAGAUCCCAUUCUACUUGAUAUGCUGGGACGCUAUCUGCCCCCUGCUGAACCCGCCGUGCCCACAUUUGAACCCUGGAAUCCCCGUCAGUUCUAUGACAAUGUUCACGUUCCCAAGAAGACAGAUGCCAACUCCGCGGACAUUCGAAUCCCACACCUCGAAUCGCAAUUGUACCCGUUCCAGAGACGUGCUGUGCGGUGGCUUCUCUCAAGAGAAGGUGUCGGUGUGCAACCAAAUGGCCACCUCGAGUCACUGCCGAAGCCCUCCGGGAGCUGGCUUCCGAGAGGAUUUGAAAAGCUUGAGACACCGUGCAGUGGAAUCUGCUAUGUCAAUCAUGCAUUGGGAGUUGCAACAACAAGUCUAUCUGCAGUCGACGAGCAUUUUGCAUCGGCCUCAGGCGGGAUACUGGCAGAUGAGAUGGGGUUGGGAAAGACGCUGGAAAUCAUCGCUCUUAUCUGCCUGCAUCCUAGAAUUGACUGGACACCUGAGCUUCACGGGUUGAAACCAUCUCCUGCUACCUUGAUCAUCACACCUCCGUCAAUCCUCGAGCAGUGGAAGGACGAACUCCAAACACAUGCUCCGUCGCUGAGUGUUUUCCAUUAUCCAGGAGUUAACAGCUACAGGAAGUCUGGGGAGAAGCUCACCGAACAACUACUCAGCCAAGACGUGGUGUUGACGACAUACAAUGUCAUAGCAAAGGAAGUACACUAUGUGGCUGAGAAGCCAGAUCGAAACCUGCGCUACAAACGUGAGGAAGCGCCGAAAAGCCCGUUGACUCAAAUCUCGUGGUGGCGUGUCUGCCUAGACGAGGCUCAGAUGGUUGAGAGCGGUGUAUCCUCGGCAGCCACAGUGGCUCGUCUUAUUCCACGUUCCAAUGCUUGGGCAGUCACAGGUACUCCGCUUAGGAAAGGACAUCGAGACUUGUACGGCCUCCUACUCUUCCUCCGCUAUGAGCCAUGGUGUCGGUCACCGCGGCUGUGGGACUACCUCAUCAGUUACCACCGCCCUUUGUUCCGAGCAAUGUUGGGAGAGAUCGCUAUGAGGCACUCGAAGGAGUUCGUCCGUGAGGACUUGCGACUACCGCCGCAAAGCCGACAUACCAUAACAAUCCCCUUUACCGCCAUCGAAGAACAGCAUUACGCCCAGCUCUUUCAGGAGUUUUGCGAGGAGUGCGGCCUCGAUCGGGCGGGCGCCCCUUUAGGCGACGACUGGGAUCCAGACUCCCCUGCGAUGGUAGAGAAAAUGCGGACUUGGCUUACUCGUCUGCGGCAGACAUGCCUUCAUCCUGAAGUUGGAGGUCGUAAUAGGCGUGCUUUGGGUCGAAACACAAAUGGUCCUCUUCGGACGGUCGAACAAGUGUUGGAUGUGAUGAUUGAUCAACACGAAGGCCAGCUCCGUACUGCACAGCGGAAUCGGUUGGUUGCGCAGAUUAGGAGAGGACAGUUGCUAGAAAACGCCAAAGACACCCACGAAGCGCUUCGCAUCUGGAAAGGGGUCUAUGACGAGUCUGUCGACAUUGUAAGCGAAUGCCGAAAACAAUAUGAAGAAGAGCGACAGUCAUCGGAUGUCAAGAAGGAGAAGCAAGACGACGAUGAGGCGAAUCCACGGCUAACCACGUUGAGGGCUCGAUUGCGAUCUGCUUUGGAGGUGCAGCACAUCGCCAUUUUCUUCAUGGCAAAUGCGUACUUUCAACUGAAAUCCACGCAUCUUCCGGAAAGCGAGGACUAUGAGCAGCUGGAGAAAAAGGAGACAGCAGCAUAUGAAGAAGCAAAGUCAAUCCGUGGAGAACUGCUCAAAGAGGCCACAGGUCAUGUGAACAAGAUGAUUACCACAGUCAGAACCACUUUGGCAAGCGGGGUGACUCAGAUUCCACCCAUGACAGAGCCUUCGGGUUAUGGCGGGAUAGAAAGCAGGAAGGUCUUCGAGAAACUUCACUACUAUUGCAAAGCGAUGAAUGUCCAGGCAGCGCAAUUCCACGAACUGCGGCAGAAGAUGGCGGACUUCUUGAGCCAAGCUCUUAUCGACGAGGACGAAGGCAUCGAACUCCAGGGUGAUGAGUACGAGAGUUCGACCAAGCAUCAAGAUGAGAUGUACGUAUACAUGGAAGCUCUUAGGGCUCUGUUUGCGGACCGCUCCGAAGCGCUCAAUGGUCAAGAAAACCUACUCAUCAAACAGGAAAUGAAGCAAUUCCUCCGAAUCGCGAAGGAAGGGGAGGGACCUGCGCCUGACUUGAUGCGCCAACUGCUUGCCGAGCGUGAGGAAAAGCGUGUGAAAGUCAGUAACCUGGGUUGUCUACGGGGUAUCAUCGCCGAAAUCAGACAGAUGGCGUCGUCUUUACAAUGGCAAGAAGGAAACCACCAGACCCGUGCGACUCAGGAGCUGGCGAUCCUAGAGCGUAUCCUGAGACACGUUCAGCAACUUAAUACGGCACAGACGAAAGCUCUCAACAGUCUCGAGCAGGAGGUGAAUCACUUCCGCGAUACCAUGAACAGUCGGCUCGAAUAUUACCGCGCGCUUCAGAAGAUUUCUGACACUGUUGCACCAUAUCAGGAGGAGAAUGUGGGAAAACCCCUCUUUCAACCACACUACGAAGAAUUCGAGGACGAGGAAGCCAGACUACAGCAGAAGAUUGUCUCUGGCUCUGCCAAGCUUCGAUAUCUGAUGCACAUGAAGACAGAGUCAAAGUCAACAGGCCCUAGAAUCUGCGUCAUCUGUACCGAUGCCUUUGAGGUCGGCGCCAUGACCAACUGUGGCCACCUAACAUGCAAAAAUUGUUUGAUGCUUUGGGUCAGUCAGCACCAUAACUGUCCUGUGUGUAAAACAAGGCUGCAUCCCAACAGCUUCCACGACAUUACCUACAAACCCGCUGAGAUAGCUGUGCAAGCCGAAUCUCCAUCGAGCUCUGCCUCGUCAUCCACAUCUUCGACUUUGGACCAUCAUCAUGACCAAUCGAUCUACUCCGAUAUCAGCACAGCAAUGUUGAACCAGAUCAAGAACAUUGACAUUCGAGGCCCUAGUUUUGGCAGCAAGAUCGAUUUCCUCUGUCGUCAUCUUCUGUGGCUUCGCGAGCACGACCCAGGCUCCAAAUCCAUCAUCUUCUCGCAAUAUCGCGAAUUUAUCGACGUACUCAGCCGGGCAUUUUCGUCGUACAAAAUUUCGUCAACCCGCAUUGAUGUGAAGAAUGGCACCGAAAAGUUCAAAUCUGAUCCGGCCAUUGAGUGUUUUCUGCUCCACGCGAAGGCGCACUCCGCGGGCUUGAAUCUUGUAGUUGCAAGCCAUGUCUUUCUCUGCGAACCACUCAUCAACACAGCCAUCGAGCUGCAAGCCAUUGCGCGAGUCCACCGUAUUGGGCAGCAUCGGCCGACGACGGUGUGGAUGUAUCUCAUUGCCGACACAGUCGAGGAAUCCAUUUACGACAUCAGUGUUACACGGCGGUUGGCGCACAUGAAAAGCAAUAGCAGCAAUGGCGGCAGCGGACAAAAGGGUAAAGGCAAGAGCGGCACAGGUGCAUCUUCAGCCUCUCAGUCGGGCACACACACCCCCACCACAAAUAACGCUCUGCAAGAGAAUGCAAUCGAUGCCGCCAAUUCCAUGGAAUUACAAGCCGCAGACCUCAGUCGCUUACUUGCUUCGGGCAAGUCGGGUGGGGAAAUGGUAGACAAGGAAGAUCUGUGGUCGUGUUUGUUCGGACAUGUCGGACGACGUGGGGAGGUGGGCCUGGACGCUUUGGCUGAGAAUCAGCCUGCAAACACGGAGGUGGGCAGAUUCUUGAGGGCAGAGGCAGCGGAAAGCAGGUUUGCAACAAGUUGA